AUGGCCGAAGGGGGAUUCAAUCGAGUUUUCCUCACGUUCGAUGACGGAUUCGAGGCCAUUGCCAAAGUUCCAUAUCGGAUCGCGGAGCCCAAGCACUACGCGACCGCCAGUGAAGCGGCCACUCUACAUUAUCUUCACUCCAAAGAUGUUCCUCCUGAACUUUACACCGCGUUGUAUGGUGCCAGCGCCGAGAAUAGUCGCGACUCGGAGAUGUUCUACAUUGGCCCAACGGCGGAUUACAUGUUUUGGUAUGGGAAACUAAUUAUCUUGAAAGGAGCAUUAGUCCGUAUGGUCGAAUACUGGCCACAUUUACCCAAUGCAAAGGGGCUAUCGUGCCCGGUGCAGUUCAAUGACGCUGAAUUGGAUGGCUUCCAUGAGCAGAACGGCUGUGGUUUGACUUGA